AUGAAUGCUGGCGAAAGCACUUCAUCUAGCACUUCCAGCAAGCCAGGAAAGGGACGCACUUCUGGUAGGGUUAUCAGUGUUGCAGGCAUGAGCACUACUAGUGGUCCAGGCAUGAGCACCACUAGUGGUCCAGGACGCAGGGUGGUGUUGAAACAGCCCAAGAAACAGCCCAAGACGUUGAAACAGCCCGAAUUGAUGAAGUCCUCCGUGAACACCAGCAAGAAGAGGAAGCACAGGGAAGUCGCAGUUGCAGUUCAUGUUGAUUCGGAUGACUAUUUGGAGCUGGACUUUAAGGCACCCACCAAAAAGCCCGCACCCACCAAAAAGCCCGCUCCCAAGAAGCCUGCUCCAAAGAAGCCUGAGUAG